CCACUGUUAGGAAUGUGUCACUUCUGGGCGGGAAAUAAAUUUCUCUGCUAAAUCUCACACGUCCGGUUAGAAAAAAACAAAGUGCACAGAUGCUCCCGUUCCUGUUUUUGAUCGCCGUUGCAGCCAUCAAAGUAUUCAAGAAGACCACCCCUAAUGGGAAAGUUACGGUCUACUUGGGCAAAAGAGACUUCAUCGAUCAUCUAGACCACACCGAUCCCAUCGACGGCGUUAUCGUUGUCGAAAAUGACUAUCUUCAGGGGCGCAAAGUCUUCGGUCAGGUCAUCACAACCUACCGCUAUGGCCGAGAAGAAGACGAAGUUAUGGGAGUCAAAUUCAGCAAGGAACUGACAGUAGCAAGCGGUCAAUUAGUACCACUGAAGAAAGAAAAGCAGGAAACUACACCGAUUCAGGAGCGCUUGCUAAAGCGCCUGGGUCCGAACGCAUAUCCGUUCAUAUUCCAAUUCCCGCAAACAGCUCCUUGCUCGGUCACUCUACAACCUGGCGACGACGACCAAGGAAAACCAUUGGGAGUCGAGUACACCGUGAAAGUAUUCGUUGGCGAAAGCGAAGAAGACAAGGGACACAAAAGGUCCUCUGUAGCGUUAGCUAUCAAAAAACUACAGUACGCUCCGCCGUCGCGAGGCCGAAGACUUCCCAGCUCUUUGGUUUCCAAAGGAUUUACCUUCUCGCAAGGUAAAUUGAAUUUGGAAGUCACACUGGAUAAGGAGCUCUACUAUCAUGGCGAGAAAAUUGCGGCGAACGUCAUUAUCACAAACAAUUCGCGUAAAGCGGUUAAGAAUAUCAAGAUGUUCGUGGUACAACACUGCGAAGUGACAAUGGUAAACACCCAAUUUUCGCGGCAUGUAGCUAGUUUAGAGACACGCGAAGGCUGCCCGAUCACACCAGGCGCAUCUUUCACGAAACAAUUCUAUCUUGUGCCUUUGGCCAGCAGCAACAAAGAUCGGCAUGGCAUCGCUCUCGACGGACAUCUCAAAGACGAUGACGUAAAUCUUGCAUCUUCAACUCUAGUCACCGAGGGUAAGUGUCCGGCUGAAGCCAUGGGUAUCGUGAUUUCUUACUCUGUUCGAGUCAAAGUUAACUGCGGUACACUAGGCGGCGAGCUGAUCACCGAUGUUCCAUUCAAACUGAUGCAUCCAGCCCCUAAUGCUAAUGAAAAAGAAAAGGCUACGUUGAAGAAGAGCAAGAGCACUGAAAGAGCAAAAUACGAGAACUCUUGCUACGCCAACGAUGACGAUGAUAACAUCGUGUUCGAAGAUUUCGCUCGUUUGCGCUUGAAUGAACCGGAAUAAACUCAAAAUCGGUGCUUUUCGCACAGUUAAUUAUCUCAAAAGAAUCCUAAUAAUACUUGUAAUGAAUUUUUCUUUGUCUCGACAAUCUCGAAUUUACCUUCAUGUAAAUACAGAUAUUAUAAUAAAACGAUUCUAAAUUAUCUUAAACGCUCUUAAAAUUAAAUUUUAAUUUUUUAAAUAAUAUAUUUCUAACAUUCUUAAAGGAUUCUUUUGACAAGAUUUCUGGUGGAAUAAACUGUAUCAAGAAAACAAUAGAUAAAAAAAUUUUCAGAUUUUAAUUAUAUAAUAUUAUAUAAAAUAAUAUUAUAUAUAAAACCACACCAAAAUAAUUUAUAAAAAAAAAUACAAAAAAAGCGAAAAAAUAACUUUAAAUAAAACUCGUCUCGGAAUUUCCGUGCGAUAGUGGUGGUCGGACAGAAAUUCACUGUGAGACGAACCAAAAAAAAAAAAAAAAAAA